ACAGGAAGAGAAUGAAUCAAACAGGGCCGACAUGUAACCCGUUAGCGUCUGAGCGGCUGGUGCGAGGUCAAAACAAUGGGGCGGUUCGGUGUUCGUCUCCUCCGCCUCUUCCCCAGUCCUCCGUUCACUGUCCCCGGGUUCGCCAACACCUGUCCCCUCCACCAGGCGGGCUCCACAGGUGCCCUCCCCGGCCACCGUAUCACCACACCGGGUCCCAGCUGCCUCCUCCGGAAGGGUCUAAGCGGCACUGCUGUAGGCCAGCACGUCCUGGACCUGAGCGGGCCCGAACAGAGACUGUUGGAUAAACUGUACGGAGGACUGAUCUCUGGACAGAGGGCCUCCCUGGCCGAGUGCAUCACGCUGGUGGAGACGCAGCAUCCCAGGAAGAAGGAGCUGGCUCAGGUGCUGCUGCAGAAGGUGCUGGCCUUCAGGAGGCAGCAGGAGAGCAGCAAUGGGGGGAAACCGGUGGCCUUCAGAGUAGGGCUAUCUGGUCCUCCUGGGGCUGGCAAGUCGUCGUUCAUUGAGGUAGUGGGAAAAAUGUUAACCUCACAGGGACAUAAAGUAGCAGUGCUGGCUGUCGACCCCUCCUCCUGCACUACCGGAGGGUCCCUGCUGGGCGACAAGACUCGUAUGACCGAGCUCUCAAGAGACAUGAACGCCUUCAUCAGGCCGUCGCCGGCCUCAGGGACGCUCGGCGGUGUCACCCGCACCACCAACGAGGCCAUCGUUCUUUGCGAGGGGGCGGGUUACGACAUCGUCCUUGUUGAGACUGUUGGUGUCGGUCAGUCUGAGUUUGCAGUGGCGGACAUGGUUGACAUGUUUGUGCUUCUGAUUCCACCAGCAGGUGGCGACGAACUCCAGGGCAUCAAGAGAGGCAUCAUCGAGAGAGCGGACUUGGUGGUGGUGACCAAGUCUGACGGAGAUCUGGUGGUGCCGGCCCGGCGCAUCCAGACCGAAUACACCAGCGCCCUGAAACUGCUCAGGAGACAGUCCAAAUCCUGGAACCCCAAGGUGGUGCGCGCCUCUUCCUACACCUCAGAGGGCAUCCCAGAAGUCUGGGCCAAGAUGGCGGCGUACAGGGACGCCAUGUUGAGCAGCGGCGAACUGCAGGGCCGGCGGCGGGCCCAGCAGAAGGUCUGGAUGUGGAGUCUGAUCCAGGAGAACGUCCUCUGGCACUUCCAGACUCACCCAUCCGUCAGAGAGACCCUGCCUGGCCUGGAGCAGAAGGUCACCAGAGGAGUCAUCUCUCCAGGACUCGCUGCCGACCUGCUUCUCAAAGCCUUCACAGAGUCGUAGCGUUUGAGGCGCAUAAUUCCCUCACGGCCUGUCAACGCGGCCGCUGGCGAGGAGAACCGGACCGAGGGAACAUCUGUGACUUUUCUGUUUGCACAGAAAGAAACAGGCUUUGUGGUUUUAAUCUUUCUAUGAAAAGAUGAAACAUUUUUUAUUUCUAAAUGAUUUAAUUUUAGCCUUAAGAGGAGGUGAGCGUGGUCUGUUGCUAUGCCUCCUCCUUGGCAAUAAGACACAUCUGCAGGUGGCUGUGUUCACUUUAACAGUCAUCUACAGUUGGAUGAAUACUGUGGGGGUUUGUAGCAGCUGCUCACAGACAUUAAGAAGAAACUGACGGAUUUUAAGGAUUUUCUCGUGCACAACGUUGGGAGCAGAUUUCUCAGAAACUGAAACUUUCAACGUCAGACUUUAAAACGGUUCAAAAACUAAAGGAUGCUUCAAAUGUAAUCAUGUCCUUUGCUGCUGAUGUUGGAGCUUCCACAGACGUGCUUUAAUGUGAAAACCUUUGAGAUGUUUUAACCUGAUUAAAAAUGUCAAAUAAAACACAGAUUUCAAACUGAUUAUUUAGGAGUCUGCAGUAGAAA